AGGAAACUUAUUUGACGAACAUGCGGUUUCGCUUUUUGCAGUACAAAAAAUAAUAAUAAAAAUAUUACCUUACCUGCGGGUCGUGGUCACACAACAACGUCAUUUGCUUUUAAUAAAAUCUAUAUUUUUGACCGAAUAUUCUGUGAUUAAACUAAAAAGAUUCAAUAGACUAUUAGGCAUUACAGUGAAUCUGCGCUACAGAAAAUUUUUUUGUAGCUCUUCAUUGAGACAUUCAGUUUUGUGACUAUGGACGACACUAUGUCCUUACACACAAGCAAGACGGGUUUGACUUCCUUUUUUAAGAAGUUUUCUAGUGAGGAACGCUAUCGAGCCACAGCAGUGGCAGUCAAUAAAGUUCGUUUUUCCAGUCCAAAAGAAAGGGGACUUGCAGAAUCUGUUCGCGUUGCCCUAGAAGAAGGGAAUUUCCACCUGCUUAAGGAGUUCACAAAUUUUCUCCGUCAAGCAGAACUCAAUUCAGAAGUUUGCAACGCAUUGAAGGAUGACGAUUUUUUGGUGAUUGUAAAGGAUGCUAAAAAAAUUGUGUACAGCCUGACUCCAGAUUUUGUUCAUGUUAUAGAGUGUUUGCUCUCCCUGAACUGGAAACAAAGGAAUUCCGAAAUAAUCCAAGUUUAUACCGAAUUUUAUAUAGAUAUAAUGGUUACCCACAAUAGAUAUUUACCUAUGGGAAUAUCUAAAUUAAUUGUACACUGGAUUCCUGACGAUUUAGAUGAAUCAGACUGGCUCAAUGGAUGUCCUUCAGAAAGUACGAGACUUGUAUUAAAACCCAUCCAUGAAGUACUGAAUCGCAUUUUAACUGCAGUUCCAAUGGCAUUUGAUUUAGUCAUUGAUGCCAUAUCCGCUAAGUUUCCGUAUUUUAAAAAACCAGCCCAUGUAACGGCUGGUUAUCUGUUUAACGUGCUCUGGAUAAUCGAGUACAAGCCGAUGUUUGAGGAACUAAUUUUGCAGUUGGUUCUGCAGAAACUUGUAGUACUAGAUGUUAAUGCUCCGCGAGAUGAAAUUGGCUCGGAAUCAGAUGAUGAGGAUGACAAAAUGAAGGCAGCUCCCUUGUUUCAAAAAGACGAUUUAUCCGCCGACUCCUUGGCUCCGACUGCAAAUACUGUUAAGCAUCCCGUUGGCAAAACCUUGGAUAUAAGUCUCCUCAUGCUUUAUAGGUUUUUUGACAGUAAAUGUCGCAUCCACCAAAACAGUAACGACCAACAGCGCUGGACUGCAAAUCGUUUAUUUAAAAUGUUACUUCAUAUAUUCGACGAAGUUCUGUUACCCAGUCACAAUACUCAUCAUGUGCAAUUCGUCUUAUUUUAUGUAACUAGUAUUCGAUUUGCAUAUUCGGAGUCUUUUCUUGAUUUGCUUUGGAAGAAGGUUCAAAAUCCCAAUAUAUCGGCCAUUAUUCGACAUACUGCGGUAGGAUACAUGGCAAGUUUUUUAUCUCGCGCCAGGUUUUUGCCACUUAGAAUUGUAAUAUACUAUUUAAAAGAGUUAAGCAAAUGGGCUCAUAACUACAUUGACGACUCGGGUGAAUAUAACCAGAAUUGCUCUUUGAAGGCUCACUUGGUUUUUUACUCUGUCUGCCAAGCUGUGUUCUACUUGAUUGCGUUUCGUGCCAGAGAUUUGACUGCUAAUUCAAAAGGAUUACUCUUUCUUCAAUCUCUUCAACUAUCCCGCCUCGCUAUGUGUCAUUUAAAUCCUCUGCGAUACUGUCUAGCCCCAGUGGCUACAGCAUUUGCCGGUUUUACGAGAACUUACCAGCUUGCCUAUUGUCAUACUGUUUUGGAGCGCAACGCUCGGCGUAAACUAGCCACUGUAUACGGCCACGACAAAUGUAUGCCCGAGGAGACGCUCGAAUCUUUCUUCCCAUUUGAUCCUUAUUUGUUAAAGCUAUCGAACAAGUAUAUUAAGGCCAAUUAUAUGGAAUACCAGUGUAACGAUAAGGAUGACUAUAUGGAUAGCUCUAUCGACGAGCACCUUUCUAGAAAACGUGCUGCUUCUGAAAUACUAGAGGAAGACGAUUUUAUUCUAGCCGACAAACGCCAAAAUCAUUUGGAACUUUCUAAAUGCCAACAGCUUGACAAAUAAUUUAAUUUUUCAUCUUUCACCGGGCUGAACGUAUAAGUCAUGCUUAUUUAAGAACCGGAUUUUGUUAUUAAACAAAAUUUUCACUUACUAUAAAGAAUAUAUAUGAAAUUGUAACAAAAUAAGGUUGUGCUUUUUGAUAGCGAUAAAAUAUAAGAAACGUUCGAUAAUUAAUUGAAAA